CCGACUGGGGCUAAACUUUUUUUUUUUUUCUAGAAAGUGAGCUGCGGAGAUUUGUACCGCUCACUAUGAGCCUUGCUUAAAAGAAUAUCAACAACAGCUUGGACUUGGCCCGACACUCAGAAAAAGUUGGACUCUUUCACUCAACCGUUUGUGGUGUUUUUUCGUCUUUUGUGGCUGCAUCUGCGUUUUUUGGGGGGACGAGAGCAUAAAUUCCAAUGUGGAGUUUAUGCGCUUUGUUACGUUAACAAGUAUGCCAGCAGGAAAAAACAGGAAAAGGCUGUCUUUCAUUGCAGAUUUCGACAGCUAACACACUUUGGAAGAAUAUCAAGUGCUCGACUUGUAAAGUUUAGAAUGACUCCGAAUAACUUUUACUGAGUGUCGUCGAGAUUUUCAGAUUUCUCCCGGCGUGGAAAAAAAGUUUGGGAUUGGCUCACGUUUAUUUUUUAACUUCCGAAGCCUAACUUUUUUGGGACAUAAAGUUCGAAGACUGUUUUUGGGACAAUGGAUCCGAGCCAGCACAACCCUCCUGCCGGACACCAAAUCGUCCAUGUACGGGGCGACUCUGAGACUGACCUAGAGGCGCUUUUUAACGCUGUGAUGAACCCGAAAGUCAAUACCGUGCCCCACUCUGUGCCCAUGAGGAUGAGGAAACUGCCAGACUCCUUCUUCAAACCCCCAGAACCAAAGUCUCAUUCCAGACAAGCCAGCACUGAUGCUGGGAGUGCCGGAGUCCUCAUCCCUCACCAUGUCCGUGCACACUCAUCCCCUGCUUCCUUGCAGUUAGGAGCUGUUUCUGGUGGCUCACUGUCUGGCAUGGGCUCAACAGGGGCCUCUCCUCAACAUCUUCGUCAGUCUUCUUAUGAGAUUCCUGAUGACAUGCCCCUACCAGAUGGGUGGGAGAUGGCCAAGACAGCCUCUGGCCAGAGAUACUUCCUCAACCACAUUGAUCAGACCACCACUUGGCAGGAUCCGCGCAAGGCCUUGCUCCAGAUGAACCAGCCUGCCCCUCCCAGUUCUGUGCCAGUCCAGCCGCAACCUAUCAUGAACCCAGCCAGUGGAUCCCUCCCUGACGGCUGGGAACAGGCUAUUACAGCAGAGGGAGAAAUUUACUACAUCAAUCACAAGAACAAGACCACAUCCUGGCUGGACCCACGACUUGAGCCACGUUAUGCUCUGAACCAGCAGAGAAUUUCCCAGAGUGCUCCAGUGAAACAGGCCGGGCAGCUGCCUCCCAGCAUCAGUGGAGUUAUGGGAAGCAACAACCAGAUGAGACUUCAGAUGGAGAAGGAAAGACUGAGACAGAAGCAACAGGAGCUGCUUCGGCAGAGACCACAGGAGCUGGCUCUAAGGAACCAGCUGCCUACCAGUAUGGAUCAAGAUGGCAGCACAAACCCUGUGUCCUCCCCUAUGGCUCAAGAUGCCCGGACCAUGACGGCCAACAGCUCUGAUCCAUUCCUCAACAGCGGGACCUACCACUCCAGGGAUGAGAGCACAGACAGCGGCUUGAGUAUGAGCAGCUACAGUGUCCCUCGCACUCCAGAUGACUUCCUGAACAGUGUGGAUGAGAUGGAUACAGGGGACCCACUUGCACCCUCCAUGGCAACACAGCCCAGUCGUUUCCCUGACUACCUGGAUACCAUUCCUGGAACAGACGUAGAUCUGGGCACCCUGGAGGGGGAGAGCAUGGCGGUGGAAGGUGAGGAGCUGAUGCCCAGCCUGCAGGAGGCGCUGAGCUCAGACAUCCUCAAUGACAUGGAGUCUGUGCUGGCAGCUACCAAGCUCGACAAGGAGAGUUUCCUCACAUGGUUAUAGAAAAGCCGAGCUGGCCACUCCUUCCUCGCUCCUCUACCUACACUCUGAACUUCUGCCUGCUCUAAUCUGUGAAGGAAUCAUAGAUGAUUUUAUCAGACAUUUCAGCAAGCCUCUCGGGACUUCUGUGUCUGUGUCAGCAUGUAAGGCCAACCUCUUUUUUUUUUUUUCCUGGCAGUAUUGUUCUGUUCUCUUCACUGGUUGUGUUAUCUCUGUAUUUUGUCUGUGUCUUCAAGGCUGGCCUAUGAACAGACAAUUAUGCAAGGGUCCCCAAAUCUUUCACAGGCCUGUCAGUGAAUCUAGGGCAUAUUUACCCACUGGGCAGGUGCUUCCACUCUUCUGCCCUGAUCAGUUAUCCCCUGGAGUCUCUGGAGCCUCUUUCUUGCAAAAUAGCAUGACGCAUCACUACUUAACUGUAUUUGGGACUUUUGCAUCUAGCUAGUAGCUUUAUAUUUGGCCUCAUGUUUUUAUUCUUUUUGUUGUUGUUGUUUUGUUUUUUUCAACAAGCCUGAAAAACCAAAAAUGAUGUAUUUGGAGCAUAAAGAACAAUACUGAUUUGGAGUAAAGGUAACGUGAGGCCCAUGUUGCUUGGGGUGGGGGUGGGAGGGGUUCGAACCUGCGGAUUGACUGCACCGCUGCUUGGCUGUGCCAGCAAGUCUAAGUUAAACCUUUGAUAGAUCAAGUGCCUUCAGUUGUAUUUUUUUUAUUUUUUUUUAUCUUGAGAUGCGAGCGACACGAAUAAAUACCCACAUUUCUAUAAUUCAGCGACAAGCACACUGCUGUUCCCGUAAACGGCAGGCAUACUUCCCUCUAAUGUUCAAUGAUCAAAAUUGUAUGUUUGGGGUUCCCAGCCUGAUUCACAAUCCAUUCGUCGUUUUAUCUUUUUUAGUGUUCUAUUUUUAGAUAACUAUAUAUGUAUGAUAGUUUAGAUCAAAUGGCAUUUUACUUUCUUUUUUUUCCUUCUUUCAUACAUGGAUUGAAUCAUUUUAUUUUAUUUUUUUUAGACGGGGUCGUCUGUUAUAUCGCAGCACGACACUUCAAUGAGAUCAAACCAGCCAGGACUUAAUCUUGGUGGUCUGAUUCUGUUUGGACUCUUUUUAAACCCAUUUAUCUGAUUCUCUCGUCUCUGCUUUACUGUAUCCACUUUAAUGUUAUUGUAUUUUUGAUAUUCACAUGCAGCUUUUUUUUUCACUGUCUUUCCUGAACAUUAACCAAAAAGGCAGGUCUCUUGGCUCAGAACAAAGUAUAGCUCUUUGAUCAAUGAAACCUUAUGACCACAUACAGUAUACAACAGUUACAAUGUUGGAACCCCCCCGCCCCUCCCGUCUAUGCGACGCUGUGUUGAGUGUUUUAAAUGAAAGGUUUAUAGACUGCAGCCAGGACAAGUUUUAGCAGGUUUAAGAGUCAUGUCAAGGGGUAGAGUAGAGGAUCAGUGUGUGACUGAUGGUGGUGAGUUUUUCCUUUUGCCUGUGUUUUGUUUUUUUGUUUUGUUUUGGGGUUUUUUUUUGGGGGGGGGGGGGUGGCAUAAUAAAGAAACAAUCAGAUAUCUCAGUCAGGAAUUGUUGAUGCAGAUUCCAAAGAUGUUUUUGUAAUGACACUAAAAACUUGUAUUUUGCUUCUAUCUUUAGAGACCAGAAACGGUAUGAUUUGUAAAUCAGCCUGUGUUUGAACAAACUGUAUAAGCUAAUAAUGAGAACAUGUUUUAAGUGUUAAUGGGCACGUCUAGCUGAGAGAGUUUUUUUUCCCUCCCCUUCUGUUUGGGAUGGUUGUUUCGAGUGACUAACCUUGAGAUUUUUAAGGAUGAGGUUUCAGAGCGGAGAAAAGAGCGAUUCUUCUACAAGCACUCACAUGUUUACAUACUCGGCCGCAGUUGAGACAACACACUGACAAUUCUCACAUAAUCACGUUAUUUUUUGAUGUUUACACAAUGACUACAUAUUUGCAUUACUGCAGUAACCUUUGAAUAAUCAGCCUGCUGCGUGUGCCCCUGGUUUAGGCUUUGCAGGAUGUCACACUGAUUCUGUUGCCAACCAAUACUAAAUGGGUAGCAUUAACUUGAUGGAAUAUAUAUAUAUAUAUAUAUAUAUAUAUAUAUAUAUAUAUAUAUUUUUUUUUUUUUUUAAAUUCAUGAGAAACCUCUUUUUAGUUUUGAUUUUACUGAAUAUUAAGUCACGUGCUGAUGGAUUUUUAAGAUGGAUGAACAGUGUUGGUGAGAACAAUGCAACUAAAAUGAGUGGUACACCACAGUGCUCGUAUUGCACGGCUAGUUUUCGUUUUAAUGCAUCAAUGCAUUUUGUCACACAGACCUGAUUUUAUGCUUAGUGUGUAAUUGUCAGAGCAUAUUAGCUGUUGACUCUCAUUGUAGCAGUAGAACUAAUCACAAGUUAAAGGAUUUUGUAUUUAGAGUUUUCUAAAUGCACAUGAAAUGAAUUUAUAUUCAGUAAUGAUCUGUUCUUUUUUUUUUCUUUUUUUUUUUUUUUUUUGAUAGAAAUGUGCAUGUGUUUUAGAACAAAUUCUGUUACAAUAUAUCUUUCUUCAUAUGAUACUUUGAAAUUGGCCUAAAAUAAAGUAUAUACUUUGUGGUAAUA